AUGGCCAUUAAAGAUUCCUCCAUCGUCAGAUGGCCACCCAAGCUACGGGGAGACCCAACAACCAGGAACCCAAAUGUUUAUUGUCACUUUCAUCAGGACCAUGGUCACAACACAGAGAACUGUAGAAACCUCUGUGAUAAGAUCGAAGAACUCAUCCUCCGAGCGUACUUGAAAAAAUACAUUUUGCACGAGGAGAAAGGACAGGGGGACCGAAAAAAAGAUGUCCCAGAGAGCAGCAAGCAGAACGAGCAGCCACCUCGCCCGCUACUAGAAGAAAGACUGAUCCGCGGGGUGAUCAAUAUGAUCACUAGAGGAUCCAUUGUAGCGGGGUGCACAACAGCAACAGGAAAACCUUCAGUCCGAGAACUGGAGAACGAGGCAGAGAACCCACCCAAGCGACCUCAGAUCAAAGAACCCAUUUAUUUUACCGAGGACAAUGCCCGUGGGAUUCAGUAUCCUCAUGACGACACCCUAGUCAUAAAGAUGAUCAUCAAUGACUUCGAAGUGAAGCAGAUCUUGGUGGACUCAGGCAGUUUGACCGAUAUCCUCUUCAAAGGAACCUUUGACAAGUUGCAACGACAACAGAGCGAUCUAAAACCAGCAGAUGCCCCACUAGUAGGGUUCAGCGGAGAGGAAGUCAGGCCUAUAGGUCGGGUCAUAGUACCAGUGGAGGCGGGCACAUGGCCGACUAUUGUCCGGUUCAAGCACACAUUCUUGGUGGUCACGACUCCAUCCCCCUACAACGCAAUCAUAGGUCUGCCUAUUACACAUGUCUUACGCGCAAUAGUGUCAACUUACUAUCUCGCAAUGAAGUUUCCGACAGAUUAUGGAGUAUGGGUCAUACGAGGCGAUCAGCUCGAAUCCCGAAAGUAUUGUGGUUGCCCUCAAGGGAAAAGCAAAACUGGCAAAAGACGUCGAACUGGAGCAACCAGCAGACUACACCGAGGAGCGAGCUGCCCCGAUGGAAGAGACGACCCACAUAUCGGUUUCUGA